AUCCGCCGUUUCGUAUGGCGCGUUGAUCCCGAAUACAAGAUGCAUCCGAGCCAAUGGAUGCGACUCAAAUGGGAGGAAUACCAGCAAGACAAGAGCAGACGGGGAGAGACGAUUUCUGAUGCCUUCAGACAGGAAACCGAGCGCGAGAUUGCCGUCGCGGAGGCGAAGGUCUUCACCCGCUCUCCGAUAACACCUCGCAGCGCAAGGUCAGUCUGGUUCAAUCCUCCAACACGCAGACCCUCCGGGCAGGUUAUUCCCAACUAUAAAAUGGGCAGCGAUAAAAGGGCCAUCAAGCCUAGAGCGCUGGAGUUCAUCGAUCCCGCCAAACUUCGAGGGGCUGGGCUGAAUACACCCGAAAUCUCCGCCAUCGAGGCAGUCCACCUUGCACACGAGGCCGCUGCUAUAACCGAGCACGAAAAAGCCAUCAUACACAAGAUCAACCACUCACUGAAGUAUCCACAAGCUCACGUCAACUCUUGGCUGCGGGGAAAGCAGAGGGACAUCUUGGAGAAGGAACUCCUCUCGCCAGAGAAAUUCGACGGCAUCAAGGGCCUGAUGCACAGAGGUUGGAACUUUUACCGUGACCCGAGGGCUAUGAGAGCGCUGUUCGAACGCGAGGCACCGUUCUGCAUGGGCUGUACUGGUCGAGGCGAUAUUCUCGAUUGUCGAUUCAACAAAAUCGCGCCCACGACUUCGGAGGUUGAGCUGCUGAAACUUGAGGAUUUAUCUGACUGGGGUCUCUUUCUUGUCUUUGCCUGCCGCUGCGCUGCGGAACAGGGUUACUGGUACAGGAAACACACUCCGUUGGAGCUGGAAGGCUUUGUGGACGAGGACGAAAAAUACGCACAGGCACUUGUGAGGUAUCUAGGGUGA